AAAGUGCCGCUAUGUCUUUCUUCUGUCUAGUCCCCUCCCUGUUGUAUUACAGGCCGUUACGUUAUCCCAGAAUGUCUCCUCCUACUGCUUUCUGCGUUCAUUUCAUUCCAGUCUUCAUUCUUCGGAUUCCAGACUUCCUACUAGCCCCAAACCCUUGGGAAAACAGGGUUUUUUUCUUUUCACAUCAUCCCGGUCCCUAUUAAGACAGACCAGUUGAAGUGCGAGUGGUCGGAUCUCCUCUUCGUGGAGUAUUAGAUGUUCCAGCAUACCCCUGAGGUACUUUCUGCUUACGGACGAAGGUUGUGGAGUCCGGCCCUUUAGCACUAAAAAUAUAUCAACUUUUCAUAUUGUAUAUUGUAAUCAUACCUUCAACAGAGCUGAUGAAGUUUCCAGUACAACUGCCACUUCAGAUUCAGCAAUCCUGUAUGAGCCAGAAGCAGAGGAUGGAGCAGAAGAAAAGGAAACACAGAACUGACCACACCAACUCAGAUGGGACUUUAAACCUUCACAAAGGUUUUCAGGCCGCUUCUCCAAGCGGUGUCUUGGAGUUCAACACCGGCACCAUUACAUCUGCAGAGUGGAGUUCACCAAGCUCCCCUACGGGGAGCAAUGACACAAUCAAUGAUGUAUUGGACAAGCACAUCGAUAGUGAUGCAGAGGGUGUGUGGAGUCCUGAUAUUGAACAAAGCUUCCAGGAAGCUCUGGCAAUCUACCCCCCCUGCGGGCGGCGAAAGAUAAUUCUCUCUGAUGAAGGGAAGAUGUAUGGUCGAAAUGAGCUCAUUGCACGUUAUAUUAAACUACGGACAGGAAAAACCCGUACCCGCAAACAGGUAUCUAGCCAUAUCCAAGUCUUGGCUCGAAGGAAAGCUCGUGAGAUCCAAGUGAGGAUAAAGGAUCAGGUAGCCAAGGAUAAAGCACUGCAGAGUAUAGCAGCUAUGUCCUCAGCUCAGCUAAUCUCAGCUACAGCCUUGCAGAAUAAAAUGUCAUUACCAGGUAUACCAAGGCCUGCCUAUCCAGCAGCACCAGUGUUUUGGCAGAGAGUGUUGACAGGCCAGCCUGCAUCUUCACAAGAGAAUGAGCAGUGUUGCUGCCAGCAAGGAACAAGAGCAUGGAAUGUGCAGAAAGGAGCUGCAGAGAGUUACCAGCAGUGCCAUUGGAAUAGGACAAUCAUUAACCAAAGUGUGAAGACCUUCUCCCAACCAUGUUAUGCAGUUCCACCGCCUCCUAUGCCAGGUAAGGAGGUGAAGGAAGAACCUCAAGAUGAGAGGGAUGCAUUACACACUGUCUUUGGCUGCAGGUGUGAUCCCCAAAGACAGUUAGCCAUUUGCAGGGGAUAUGAGAGCAUGAUAACUCUUUCUCCAUCCCCAACAACACCAUCAUGGCAGGGCAGAAGCAUUGCCAGUUCUAAACUUCGGCUGCUAGAAUUUUCUGCUUUUGUGGAGCAUCAGCAAGACCCAGACAUGUACAACAAGCAUCUGUUUGUGCAUAUUGGCCAGUCAAGCCCAGUAUACAGUGAUCCCUACCUGGAAGCUGUAGACAUUCGGCAGAUUUAUGACAAGUUCCCUGAAAAACAAGGAGGAUUAAAGGAGCUGUUUGAAAAGGGAUCUACAGAUGCCUUCUUCCUAGUAAAAUUCUGGGCUGAUCUAAACACAACUCUCCCAGAUGAUGAAAACUACUUUUAUGGUGUCUCAAGUCAGUAUCAGAGCUCAGAGAACAUGACAAUUACUUGUGCCACAAAAGUCUGCUCUUUUGGAAAGCAGGUGGUGGAAAAGGUGGAGGUAGAACAUGGACAUUUUGAGAAUGGCACCUAUAUGUACCAUAUUCAUCGUUCCCCUCUUUGUGAAUAUAUGAUAAAUUUCAUCCACAAAUUGAAGCAUCUACCUGAAAAAUACAUGAUGAACAGUGUGUUGGAGAAUUUCACUAUUUUACAGGUGGUGUCAAACAUAGAUACUCGGGAAACACUGCUAUGCAUAGCAUACGUGUUUGAGAUAUCAACGAGUGAACAUGGAGCCCAGCAUCACAUCUAUCGACUUAUCAAGGACUAGAACACUCAUAGCAGAGCACACUGCUUUGCUGCCGGGUUGCAUUGCUGUUAUUUCCUUAAAUGAGUUUUGUACCUCAUUACUGUGCCAAAAACAAAACAAAGCAGAAUGCAUUAAAGGACUGAAGAAUCUA